AUCUAGUCAUGUAGAGCGCAAAUGGAUGAAGAAACGAAGAAAUUUCCAAUAAUCGGUGGAUGCCGGUCUUUUGAGUCUUGUACAUGCAAAUAAUCAGUAAACUAGCGCCGGAGCGUGUUCCGGACCACGUCAAUCGCCUUACAGUGUUGUGAAACAGAGGCUGGCUGGUUGACAUAGUCGGUAGUCAUUGGUCUGCUGGCCUUGGCGAGAAGAUCGUAGACAUAGGCUGAUCCAGGUCCCGGGGGUGCAACGACACUGGCCUUCCGCGCAUGGCGGCCAUCAUGUCGCAACCGUCUCCAUGGAAACACAAAAACUAUCGUCAGUGGACGCCGCAUCUCACGGAGAACAUGACACCGGGGGUGGUGCGCGCCCACUGCUACUCGGAACGCAUGAUCUCCGAUAUCCAACUCAAGAAGCUGCAGGCCGUUUCCGCCGACUCGAUGGAGCACAACGAGCGCCUGUUAGACUACCUCGGCGGUGGUAACGCGGAGUCGUUUCACCUGUUCUGUGAGAUUAUCCGCGAACAUGAGUCGCGCUACGUCUUUGGUGACAUGCUUGGCCAGUUUGCCGUCAUCGACCCUUUGGCAACAAACGAGGAUCUAGUUUUGCGUCCUGGUCCCCCUACUGGUGCCAGUACGGGUGCUGAGCGCGAUGGUGGACAUGCAACGGAACCAGCGGAUCCUCGUAUGGCAAGUUCUGCGCAGUGUCACCAGCCGGUAGAUCCGCUCAUACUGGGGCCUAACGGGCUGAAGAAGCUGAGUGACCUGGAUGAUAUUGAAGGUUUGGCUGACAGCAUCCGAAGCUACCUGACGCCAGAUAUGAGAGAGUUGCUGGCCAGGCAUGCCGCAGAAUUCGUCGACGAGAAGCUUUUACGUAACUAUCGCAUUGUCCUACCGGACUACAUGGACGACAAUCAUAAGGAUAUGCGCGGCAAGGCGGAUAUCAAGAACGUACACGGCAUACUGCAUUGGCUGAGGGCACAGAAAAACUGCCCGACGCUCAACGACCUGUAUGGAAUCCUGACCACCAUAUGCAGGCAGAAUUCUCGAGACUUUUCAAGGAUCCUUGGGCACAAACACCUUCGAUAAGGCGAGCAAAUGUGAGCGAGCGAUGGAGCCCCAGAAAUCGAAUCGCCGUCAUCUGCUGAGAUUUUAGUGGAAUCGAUUUUUCGCAUUUCAUGGGGAAUAUCCUCUUCCAGAAAUGUAGCAAACAGACUUGUCAAUAACAGAUCGGAUCUGGUUGGUGCAGCUGUUGUAUCUCUACCCAUCCGUACCUCUCGCCUGCAGCACACGCUCUGCCCAUGCUUCAUGGGCUGCGGGACGUCUCUCAGGCGUGAAGCUUUUGGAGGGCUUCUGCUGCCGUUUCAGAGGAUACUCAGUGAGUGAGAUCUGGUAUACGUAAACUGAACAUGUACUCCGAUUUGAGCUUUUGAAUGAUUCUUACGUUGCAGCGUUUGGCAGUAUACGCUGUCGUCUUUUCAUUUUCUUUUGUAAAUUUUGAGUCUAUCUUGGAAUCCAUACACUUUGCUCUCCCUUUACUUAACAACUACUAAGUGUAUGCAUUUUUCUGGUGUUUGCAAAAGCACUGUACAGUCAUGCAGUUAGCGAACAGGCGGUCACCACGCGCCGCACAUCACACGCUCGCUCUAGCUGCAACCAGUUCUGUCACAAAUAGCAGAUUCAUACUACUAGUAGUAUCUCCCCUGAUCAACACCAUUGUGCGUGUAUUCUUAGCAAAUAACUAUAACUAACUUGACUGGCUACGGAUGGAUUUCCGGUUUUGCACAGGAUUCUGAGAUAGUGACCAUGCUACUGGUAAUAAUAGAUAUCACAGGAUUGCGAGUAGUAGUGGCAGGGCUAGUGACACUGGUGCAGCAGGCCGUACCAUUUCCAACUUUCAUGGAAUGACCAGUGUGCACCAUGUGAAAGUACUAAUAGUAUUAAAUAACCUAUUCUGCUCACUCUUCUCCAACGUUUUUCUCUCUUUUAGAAGCUGUUCUUCAUGUCCGAUGA